UCCGGCGCUGAGGGUUGAGCAGGAGGAGCCCGGAGCAGUCAGGGCGGCCGUCCUGCUCGGUGCCCGCCACCCCGCGCGCCGCCCGCACUAUGGCCGCCCCGCCGCAGCUGCGGACUCUGCUCCUUGCGAUCAACGCACUGUUGCGCAAGCGCCGCUACCACGCAGCGUUGUCCAUGCUUAAGGGCUUCCGGAACGGGGCUGUCUAUGGAGUCAAAAUCCGGGCCCCUCACGCACUGGUCAUGACCUUUCUCUUCCGGAGUGGCAGCCUCCGGGAGAAGCUGUGGGCUAUCCUGCAGGCCACGUACACUCACUCCCGGAACCUGGCCAGCUUUGUGUUCACUUACAAGGGUCUCUGCGCCCUGCAGUCCCACCUCCAGGGCGAGACCUACCAGGUGCACUCAUUCGUGGCUGCCUUCCUUGGGGGCGUCCUGGUGUUUGGAAACAACAGUAGCAUCAACAGCCAGAUCAACAUGUACCUGAUGUCACGCCUCCUGUUUGCCCUGUGCCGCCUGGGCGUGGGGAAGGGCUACAUCCCUGAGCCCAGGUGGGACCCGUUCCCGUUGUUCACCGGGCUACUGUGGGGGCUGGUCCUGUGGCUCUUCGAGUACCACCGGCCCACGCUGCAGCCCUCUCUGCAGUCCUCCAUGACCUACCUGUACGAGGACAGCAACGUGUGGCACGACCUCUCGGACUUCCUCAUCUACAGCAAGAGGCGCCCCUCCGAGUAACUUGGCCCCAAGGUGCUCAUGGAGGCUCCCGCACCCAAGUCACCUCCGGCGGGCUCAGCUCGAGAUUGGCUCCAUCAGCGAAUCAUCCCAGGGGAUCCGGCCUUUUCAAGACCCGGGGUGCGAAUCAUCCCAGGGGAUCCGGCCUUUUCAAGACCCGGGGUCUCAGACUCUUUUAUUAGCCCGGGGUUCCAUUUGCCGAAGUGAAAGCACUGAUUUUCAGACCCCAUUAGGUACUCUUGAAUGGUGGAACGAGCCGCCAGAUCAGGCUGAGGAGCCUUGGGCGCGGUGACAGCUGUGCCGCUGACUCUGUGAGACCAGGGAAAGUCACACCCCACCCUGGGCCUCAGGGGUCAUCGCACUCAGAGGAGGGCCCUGAAGUCUCUUUCUGGUGGGUAUGUUUUCCGACCGUUCUUCUGGAACAGAGGGCUCCUGGCUGGUGGGCAGUGGGUUGCAAAUGCGUUUUUAGAAAAUAUUCAGUUCCUCGUCUUAGGUGUUCUACUGGAGAAGCUCUAGCGUUUCCACUGUCCAAUAGAAACACGAUGUGAGUCAUAGACGUGAUUGAAAUUUUUUUAGUAGCCACAUUUUUUAAAAAGUGGAGGAAAUUCCCUGGCGGUCCAGUGGUUAGGACCCCGAGCUUUCACUGCCGAGGGCACGGGUUCAAUCCCUGGUUGGGGAACUAAGAUCCCACAAGUCGUGGGGUGUGGCCAAAAAAAAAAAAAGGUGGGGAGGAAAGAAGCAGGUGAGAUAAACCUUGAUCAUAUCUUUUAACCCAGUAUUUCUAAAAUAUUAUCAUUUUAACAUGUAAUAAAUAUAAAAGUUACUGAGAUAUUUUACAUUCUUUUUUCUUGUAGUAAGUCAUCAAAAUCAGGUGUGUGUUUUACACUUACAGCAUUUCUCAAUUUCAACCAGCCGCAUUUCAAGUGCUUAUUAGUAGCCACAUGUGGCUACUGGCUACUGUUUUGGAUAGCACAGAUAUAGUAUACCCUCGCAGAAAAUUCUAGUGGACAGUGCAGAUAUAGAGCUAGAAGACGUGGGUUUGAGUCCCCACUCCACCACUGUGUAACCUUGGGGAAGGUUCUUCUCAGAGGCUCAGUUUCUAGUAAAAUGAGGAUAAUCAUAGUAAUACCUGGUGUCCACAUUGGACUUGUGUAACUACAACAGCUGCUUCUACUAAUUACAUCCAUGUAGUGAGCUCCUACUUCCUCUUGGGUGCUUUGCACUAAUUAUUUUUAAUCCAUUCAAAGACCUUGCAGGUAUGUAUUUGGAUCUCCAUUUCACAGAUGUGGAAACUGAGAAUCAGAGAAGAGAAGUAACUUGCCCAAGGUAAUACAACUAAUAGUAUGACAGCCAAACCAGGGUUUGAACCCAGAUCUAUGUGAUUUCAAAGCUCAUGUUUUUUUCAGUGCCUUACUUUAAAUUUAGAAACCUACACUAUGCUAUGCAAAUGUUAGCUAGUUAUAGGGGUGCAAACUCAAAUGCCUAUAGGGGCCUGGCAAGUGGCAUAAAUGAUAAUGUUCUGGGUGCUAUGCAUUUGGGAGUGACAGGGACGUGGGGAACUGGAGACUCGUGUGCCAGACUGAUUUUUGAAAACCACCAAGCUGGACAGAUCAAACAGGUCUCCAGGAGAUUUGGUCCAUGGACAACCAAUUUGAAUAGGCAUACUUUAAUCUCUUUUUAUAUUUUGAAAAUUACGGACUUCCCUGGUGGCUCAGUGGUUAAGAAUCCGCCUGCCAAUGCAGGGGACACAGGUUCGAGCCCUGGUCCAGGAAGAUCCCACAUG